AUGUCGACUAGUGUGAAAAGUUUGCAAGAAGACAGGAGUGAUGUGAUAGAUCAUUUAAAAAGAGUUGCUGAUAAAAAGGAGCAGGAAGCUGAGACUGUAAGGGCUGAAUUGAAGCAUUUGAUUUUGGAAAGGGAAGAGGAGCAGAAGGGUUUCAAGAAGGCUAUGGAUGAUGCCAAAGAAGAAUAUAGGAGUAAAUUGAAAAAAAUGAUGGAAGAAAAAUUGUUCCAACUCUCCAACGAUUUUCACGACGCCGCCGAAAUUUGCAUCGCCGAUACAAGUCGUCGUGUUAUUAGGGAAAAUAUAGCUUUGAAUAACGAAUUGGACUCGAUGAUGGCUAAUUAUGUGAAACUGCAAGAAGAGUUGAAGGAAACUACAAAACGCGACAAGGAGUUGGUGCUGAAAUCGCAGAUUGACUCUGAUGAUAUCAAGUAUCUCCAUCGUUCGAAUUUUAUGCAGAAGGAGUUGCUCAAGAAAUUUAGAGACAAGACUGAAUUGCUUGUUGAAAAACAGAGAGUUGCCGAGCAGAAUUUGCAUGCUUUGAGGUGCUCCAUUGCAGAACAGAAGAGGGAAAACGAGUUUGAAAAGAAACUUUCUGGACAUAGGAAGAACAUUAUCAAAGUCACCUUGCUAUCGGUGAAAGCGGUACUAAGUUACUGCAAUAACAAAGCGAUGCAGAUGGAGGAAAAGUUUGCAAAGAGUUACAAAAUUCUUCUCGACCUCGAGAAGUUGCUUGCAAGUUCCAAAGAUUUGAAGGAACUCAAAUUGGUGACCUCGGAUGAGACUGUUGCAUCUUUGGCUGCUAUGUACAGAAUUGGUGACCUCGGAUUCACUCCACCGUCUUCGGAGAUGACUGUGUCUGAACAACAAAUCGGAGUGAUAACGGAUAUCCGUACGGCCAAACAGAGUCUCGUCGAAGGAGCCCCAGAGCCUCGAUCAGCCUCUCAACAACGUUUCGAAGAAGUCUCUUUGGGAAGUGAAGUCGAGGGCGAAGAAAGUGCUGGUGGUCUUUGGAGUGUCGACUUUGCAGCUUCAAUAGAAUAUUCCUCGAUUGAGACCAGCACUGUUCGGGGCUCUGAUUUGGAAGAAAGGGCUUCUGAAAUUGGUUCGUUUGUCGAGAGUGAAGUCACUGAGGAGGAGGAAAGUUUGGAGACUAUCGAGGACAGGGAAGAGGUCGAUGAGAUCGAUGAUGAUUGA